AGAGAAAAGAAAGGAAGAAACACUAGAGAAGAAAAGGAGGAAAACGGGCGAAAGGGAAAACCCCACAAGCUCAUAAGAGCCACACGAGGGCAGGGUGAAAAGCAAAGAGCCAAGGAGCUUCUACCACAUCCGUCUCGAAGGGUUUUUUUUCCUCCCACUUGUCUCUUACUCCGGUUUGGUUUAUGGAGAAAAAGAAAAUGGUAACUCAGGGUAGCCAGGAGCCAACAGCCACUCCUGAUGCAAUGGUCCAGCCAUUCACCACAAUCCCGUUCCCACCACCCCCACAGAAUGGGAUCCCCACAGAGUAUGGAGUGCCACACACUCAGGACUAUGCAGGCCAGACCAGCGAGCACAAUCUGACACUCUACGGAAGUACGCAGGCGCAUGGAGAGCAGAGCACGAAUACGCCCAGCACGCAGAAUGGAUCUCUUACGCAGACAGAAGGAGGGGCACAGACAGAUGGACAGCAGUCACAGACACAAAGCAGUGAGAAUACUGAGAGCAAGUCCACUCCAAAGCGGCUUCAUGUCUCUAACAUUCCCUUCCGCUUCCGGGAUCCAGAUCUCCGACAGAUGUUUGGGCAGUUCGGCAAAAUCCUUGAUGUAGAGAUAAUCUUUAAUGAGCGUGGCUCCAAGGGAUUCGGGUUCGUAACUUUCGAGAAUAGUGCUGAUGCAGACAGGGCCAGGGAGAAAUUACACGGCACCGUGGUAGAGGGCCGUAAAAUCGAGGUGAAUAAUGCCACAGCACGCGUGAUGACCAAUAAGAAGAUGGUCACGCCAUAUGCAAAUGGUUGGAAAUUGAGCCCUGUGGUUGGAGCAGUAUACGGCCCUGAGUUAUACGCAGCGUCCAGCUUUCAAGCAGAUGUCUCGCUGGGCAAUGACGCCGCAGUGCCCCUGUCAGGAAGGGGGGGUAUUAACACUUACAUUCCUUUAAUCAUUCCAGGCUUCCCCUACCCAACUGCAGCCACCACAGCAGCUGCGUUCCGGGGGGCACACCUGAGGGGUCGAGGACGAACAGUAUACGGUGCAGUCCGGGCAGUACCCCCCACGGCCAUCCCUGCCUACCCAGGUGUGGUUUACCAGGACGGAUUUUACGGUGCUGACCUCUAUUUGGCUGAAGAAAUGUUAACAUCUCACUCUAAAUCUCUCAGUGGAGUCUCUGUUCCCUUCUCUGAUAUAACAGAUGGGGUGGAUAUGCAGCCUACAGAUAUGCACAGCCUGCUACUGCAACAGCAGCCACGGCCGCUGCAGCCGCUGCAGCAGCUUACAGCGAUGGUUAUGGCAGGGUGUACACAGCAGACCCUUAUCAUGCCCUUGCCCCUGCCGCUAGCUACGGAGUUGGCGCUGUGGCGAGUUUAUACCGAGGUGGCUACAGCCGAUUUGCCCCCUACUGAAGUGACGUGAGCCCCUGCAAGUGGAACAGCCCCCCAGUUCAUGAGGCCUGGCUAUUGCAAUAUUUACUAGUAGAGGAACUCUAUAGCAAGAUGAGGAGGAAAAACAAAAAAACAAAAGAGAAAAUACUUUUUUAUACCUCACUAUGUUCUUUGAAUAUGUAUUUUUCCUUUAAAUUUCUGCCUUUAAUUCUUUUGUUCCAAAGAUUGUGCUUUUUUUUUCAUUUUUUUUUUUUUUAACUGUGGUAAAAAAAAAUGCAUUUCCGUGUCUUUAUGUUGGUGCAUUGCUUAUCCUAACAAUCACGGAAGAGGCAAUUAAUGAUAAGGAAAGAUGUUAGGAACCAAUAUCAUGCAAUUAAUUGUGGACAAAGUUACUUACCUGGGUCUGAUGUUUGGCACCUGUGAGACAGGAGGAUGUGAGGAAGAGCCUCUUCCUGCUGUGUUUCUGCCUUUUGGAUGGACGCGUUGAUUGGCUGUGGCUGGAACCCACAUGCUGGUGAGAAAUAGUUCUUUGUAUUUGAAAAGAAGGGAGAUGCAGAGACUUCUAGCAUUAUAUCAUCACCUGGCAUGCACACACUUGGACCGGUUUCAGCAGUGUCGGGACUGUAUAGUUGCCCAAACUUUGCCCAAAGACUUCGGCAAUUAACUGCAGUAGGGGACAAGACUUUGAAAUGAAUUCUUUAUAUCUCUCCCUCCACACACACCUAAUCCUAGUUGAUUGUUGUCCACUACUGGACUGUAAUUGUCUUUCCUUCCUCUGCUUUCUAAGGUCUUUCUCCUUUACUGCCCCUUUUUCUUUUCUUUUCUUGAGGAUUGGGUGGUGUGAUGCUGCAAACGUGGGCAGUAACGGCAGAGCUUGAAGCAAUGAUUGAGAGUGCUUGUUUCUCGGACAUGAAGGAGUGAUUAGAUUUAUCGAGUGUUUGCAGCUUUAUGAGGAAGAAAGCUGGCUGAAGAGCCCUGCAUUAGUGCCACAAUGAGCUGCUCUGAGGUUCAGCAUUCAAGGUCCCUCUCUCUGUUCACCAUGAGCCACGUAGGCAUUGCUGCAAAUAAAUCAUUAAAGUAGUGUGAAGACAAAAAAUGAGUCAUGGAUCAGCUGCAAAGGGACAGGGGAGUGUGUGUGAGGGGAAGAGAGAGUUUUAUUUCAGAAUGCUGUUCCUGAAGUGAUUUUGGAUAGCUCAGAUGUCUGGAGGCAGGCAGAAGCCGUUUGUACAAGCUCUGAAGUCAUAGGAACCUCCCAUCUCCUAGAUCUAUUUGAGGCCCUUAAAUAUUUAAUCUAGAGCCCCAGUGGCCAUUCACCCAGCGUCUCAGUAUCCUACAAAGAGCACCUGGACUGCUCAGUCCACAUUUACACUACAGACUGUAAGUUUCUAAAGCAGAGAGACUAUUUAGAAGGGCUCCGUGGCUCCCAAGGCCAUCUUUCUUCUGCUCUUGUAACUAGAGUGAUUCUUCUGUUUUUAAAAAGCAGGCAUUUUAUAGGUUGCUGCAAGGAGUAGCACUGUGGCAGGGAGUCGUUGCUGUCAACAGCCGAGCUUGAUUUUAGAACUCAGAGGAAUAGUCUCCCCUCUAGUUGUUAGUUAUUGCUAUGCUCCGAGCAACUCUUGCAAUCAAAGGCAGAUUCUCUGAUGCUUUAUCUAACCCUAGACACUAGAGAAACAGAGAAAGAAGCACAAUUCCAUUUGGCUCCCUUAUCUAGCUGAAUUGGUACAGGGGUGACUUUUCACUCCCAGAAAGGGCAGUGUGGGGUGUGGAUUUGUAGCUAGAGCCUUUCGACUCCUGCCACCAUACACUUGCUUCUCUAUCAACAGUUGAUAUCAGAAUAGGAAACCAGAUGCGUUGAACUUUAAGCAUUGUAAGUGAGCAGGGCUGUCUGGGAGGUGCACUGACCCAGCCAUGCACAACACACAUCUUUGCUCCUCCCCUCAGCACACGUCCUCCCUAUGUCGGCAGGGAGGAGGUGCCUGAAGUAAGAAGGAUCGGGGAGACAUGAGUUAAGCUAGAGACCCUAAAGCUAUUGAUUCUGUGGAAGAAUAGCUAGAACAAGGGGACACCAAACUGCCAGCCUGUUGGCCACUUUUUUUGUUUUUGUUUGUUUUUUGUUUUGUUUUUUCAAGCCAAAGUUUGGUUUGUUGCAGUUAUGACAAUUUUUGUUGUUUGUAUAUAAAUAUUUUAGUUAGAUUGAAAACGGAGUGGGGGGAGUGGGGUGUUGGGGCUUUCACAAAAUCAAGGAAAUGAGGGGACGGUGGGAUUUUUGGCUUUUACUGGUUGAGUGGGUAAAAAAAAAUUUCCAGUAGAACUUCUAGUGUCAUAUUGAAGGGAAGCCAAUUUCCAUCAUGUGGCAGAUGGGAGUGGGAGACUCCUUUCUGGAGCUGAGAUGCACCAAAAGCCGUAAACGGAGUUCAUCAUAGCCUAGAGUGGUGGGGGGAGUGAAAACAGGAUCUCUCUUCUCUUACUCUCAGGAAGGAGAAAUUGCUGAUGCUGUGGGGCUACAGAAUGGGAGAGGGCAAGGGGACACAGCUUGCUUAGCGCUGCAGUGACAGCGGCUUGAGCUUCGGCCCCUUUCAUGUGUCUCAGUUCAGCUGGUUCUGACUGUAGCUUUUGAAAGGUCAAGCUCCACUUUCUCAAGAGCCCUCCUGCACCAUGGCAAUGCAGCAUGUGGUUGGUUGCCCCCUUUCAUCUCCAUCUGUAGGGAGGGCUGAACACACUUCUGCUUUUAAGCAGGGUCUGUGCUUGGCAAAUAUAACCCAGCUUAGAGCUGAGAAUCUGGGUUCUUGUCACAGAAGUGCCUGGGUUUCGCAGAGGGUGGGUCACCUAAUGCUUUAGCACCUACUGUCACCAACUUCUGAUCCACAAAGGCCAGGCCCCUAAUGCAUCAGUGGGGGCUGCCCUGGUCUAUUAAUCUCUGUUCAAGUCCCCUCAGUGUAUUAGCACUUGGGUUUCCCUAAUUCCUACUCUGUGGUGACUGGGCUGGGGGAAACUAAGCCCUUUGCCCUGCUGACUACAGGAGUUGGUUCUGUAAUUUUAGACAUUUACCAUCCAUACAGUCCAGGUGAUACUUUCCAAAACCAAGACCUCCCAGACAGCUUUUACCACAGCUGGAUUUUUGUAGCAGGGUUGCGCCUAUGAAUUUUGGGCCAUGGCAAGCAAGAGCUCUUCAUCCCUUCCUCCGUCCUACUUGGCAAACACAAUGACUCUGAUUCCACAGAUGACAUUUAAUGAAUUGGCUCAUGACACGAAGGACCUAUUUCCAUUCAGAUUAGCCAAGCCUUGAGUGUAUCAAUCUUUGAAGUAUCCAUUGUCCCAAAAAUUGAGGAAGACCUGUAUCUCCCUAUGCAGAAUUAAUUAUACUCAGGCUUUUUAUAGGGAUAGAAAUGGGGCAGGCUUUUAUCACUCAGAACAUCGAGUACUUUUGCCCUGUAAUGAUCAGUGUUCAAGAGUUUCUCUCACACAGACCUUGGCUCAGCUUCUUAACCACUUCAGUCUGGUCUGCCUCCCCCGGUGUUUGUCCCAGUAUAACCAGGUUGGUUAGGGGAGUGAUUUUAGUGCUAUUGUUAUACUGGUGCAAUCCUAAUGCGAGUGCAUUUAUAUUGGUAUAAAGGUGCAUUAUACCAGCAUAGCUUAUUCCCCUUCCCUCAUGGGAAUGAGCUAUUAUCAGUAUAAGGCACCUAUAUAUAUAUAGAAUUGCAUCCACACUAGGGGUGUUAUGUGACUUUAACUACACUGGCAUAGGUAAAGCAGUACAACUUUUGUAUGUAGACAUGCCUUUAGUGUACCAAUUACCAACUUCUUAUAACCAGCCAUUUGUAGGGCAGGCAGGCAGGCAUGGAGGUCCUGUCUACAGUAAAGUUCAAUCAUGUUAGCCAAAACCAUGCUUUUAAAUUAUAUUCUUGUUUAGAUAGCCCACUGCCAUGGGUAGUAUGGUCCAGUGGGAUGGAGCACUAGGCUGGGAGUGGAAGACUUGAGGUCUGGUCUGGUCUAGUCUAAUCUAGUCUAGCUUCUAUCGUUGAUCCUGCAAUGUGACCUUGAGCAGGUCAGUUCACCUUCCUGUGCUUCAGUUUUCCCCAUCCACAAAGCAGGGAUAGUGAUACUUUAUCUUCCUUUUGUGAAGCCCUUUGAAACCAUGGAUGAAGAGUUCUAUAUGAGAUCUAAGUAAUGUCUGAAACCCCAAUAUAGGUAGGGCCUAACUGGUAUAAAAUGUUUAUAAAACUGUUUCAUAGCCUAGCAGCUUUCUGGUGAGAAUCAUUCUUAAAUGAGGUCCUGGCUAUUGUGGUUUUUUGAGCUCUGCUAUGUAGGCAUCUAAGGGGCUUUGCAAAUCUUCAUAUAUCGCCCUUGUACCCCAGUCCCCAAGGAGAAGACAAGUAGAGAAUAGGUGUGGGGAGCACUUAGGAAUUCAAGAAGGGAAAAAAAUACUGGCUCUGGGGAACUCUUCUUUUGCUGAGUCCAGCUCCAAAGGGAAACCACACGAGCAGCUUGGAAAAUAAUUUGCUGCUUAUGCCCCUUUAAUAUGGCCACAUGUGAGGAGUCCAUGCCUUGGCGGAGGGGGAAGUGGUUUUUAAAGAGUGUGUUACUUGUUUGCACUGUUUUAAAAUAGGACAAAAAAAACAAACUAGUGAACAAGGUGAACAUCCAAUGUAAACUUCGGUGUGUUUUUAUUUUGUCAUGCUCUUGAAAAUGUCAAACAUUUUGUAGUAUACACCAGUGAGACUUGAUUCUUUGUUGCAUAAAACACUAUUUUUUGGUGAUGUUACUGUCUGAAAAGCUCCUCCCUCCUUGUCCCCACCCUACUGAUCCCCCCCCCCAACUUACUUUAUUCUAUAAUGAAAUCACCAGUUGACAAGGCAUGCAGGAAUGUGAUAGCCAGAGUGUGAAAUGGGGCCCUUUCCAAGUAGGCUUUGGGUGUCCUCCAGGGUGGAGUCCUUCCUGUAGCUUGCAGUAUGCAAUAUAACACCCCUCCCCAGAACACAUACAGGUUACAAAGCAAAUUGAACUAAGACGUCCAAUGCCAGAAUCGGUUUCCACCACUAACAGUCGAGGGGGACAUUCCAGAAGUGUUGUAACCACCUGCAGUUGUUGUCCUACCCAUGUUUCUGGCAGCAACUGGUGAAAGCUUACACAGAAAGAUGACACAUAAGGUCAGUGCCAGUGCAGCCAGUCGGCAAAGACUGGUAGCAGAGUAAGAAUACGUCAGCCAGAACCUUGCCUCUAAGGAGAUUGCUGAUGUGUAAAGCCGUCCACCUGAGUAUUCACUUGGCUGGCAAUCUGCAAAGUGCCAGUGAUCUAAGGAUUGAUUGAUCAAUAAAUCUCUCUUUUGCCAGAUUUUUGGGGGUGGGUGGGAGGGGGUCAGUUUGUUGCUUCCCUGAGGAGUGAUCUCGUUAAGGGAAUCUGGCCUCCCACACAAAUAGUCUCAGCUUCGGUCACUUUCUUCUAUUUUUCUCUUGACAGUAUUUUUUGUGUGCGCGCGUGUUGUAGUUUUGGCAGCUGGGUUUGGCUGCGUUCUCAAGUGACGAAGUAAUCCUCUUUUACCCCAGGGGGUAUGAUUUGUUUUUCUUUUUAUGUUAUCAAUUCUGCUUGUAAAUAGCUGGAGAAAAAAAAAAAAAAAAAACCUGGGGCCGAUAGCAAACGAGAACCAGGGCUGUAGAGCGAUAUCGAGCUGGUGGAGAGUUUACUGACCUCACAGGCUGAUCUGCCUGAGACUUGGAGCUUUUCAAUGCAAGGCUAAAAUUUCACGGAACCUCCAGUGGCAACGACUGACUUCGCCCCUUCAUGCAGUCUCCCCACCACCUUUCCAUUGCCAGGUACCCUCGGGGCAUAGGAUGCAUCAAAACUGGAUGCUUUCCUCUCCCCUGGAUCAUUUCCUAGGACGCCCAAGCUGCUUGUUCAGGGUCCCAUUUCUUUGCUGACUCUGGAGAAGCAGUACCUGCAUCCCAGGGCUUUGUGACCGUCUCUAACUUCCUGCCCCCCCUCAUUAAGUAUCAUAUUGUAUAGUAGCUUUCAGACCAUACAGUAUUCAUUGGGUUACUCCUAUUAUUAUCAAGUAGCUGGAAUUGUGAAGGUCGGAGUAGUUAGAUCUUUAGCUUUUAUUCCUUUUUUUUGUAUUACUAUCCAUGUGUAUAAAUUAUUGAUCAUGUUGCUGGCUUUUAUAAACUCUAAGCAAGGGAGGAGCCCUUCCUCACCCUUUGCAAAUGGUAAUGAAGCACUGUUUUUAAAUAAAAGAGAGAAACACCA